AUGAACAUCCGCAAUGCUCGGCCAGACGACUUGAUAAACAUGCAACAUUGCAACCUCCUUUGCCUUCCCGAGAAUUACCAGAUGAAAUACUACUUCUACCAUGGCCUUUCUUGGCCUCAGCUCUCUUACAUCGCUGAGGACGAGGACGGGAAGAUUGUGGGCUACGUCCUGGCCAAAAUGGAGGAGGACCCAGAUGAUGUUCCUCACGGACACAUAACCUCACUGGCUGUGAAGCGUUCCCACCGGCGCCUCGGCCUGGCCCAGAAGCUGAUGGACCAGGCCUCUCGGGCCAUGAUUGAGAACUUUAGCGCCAAGUACGUGUCCCUGCACGUCAGGAAGAGUAACCGGGCGGCCUUGCACCUCUAUUCUAACACUCUUAACUUUCAGAUUAGUGAGGUGGAACCCAGAUACUAUGCAGAUGGAGAAGAUGCUUAUGCUAUGAAGCGGGAUCUGUCGCAGAUGGCAGAUGAGCUGAGGAGGCAGUUGCAGCUGAAGAAGGGGUAUGUGGUCCUGGGCUCCAGGGAGAACCAAGAGACCCAGGGCAGCACACUUCCUGGUUCCAAAGUGGCCUGUCAAGAGAAGAACCCGGCCACUGAUGGUAGCGGGAGUGACAGCAAGGAACCCAGUGAAUCCACGGAAAGCCCCGAUGCCCAGGACAGUUCAGAAGAUUCAGACUCCACCUCUUAG